AUGGAUCCCGAGGACCAAACUAAUGGGUUCCGGCACGGCAAGGUGUUAAUGUUCAUCAAUCAGCAAAUGACCAAGCACACAAAAGGCCCCAAGUUCUACCUUGAGAACUUGUCCAAGUCCUGGGAGGAGGUGGAAGACAAGCUCAAAGCCAUCCUGGAAGACAGGGAGGUGCCUAGCGCAGCUCGGGAAGCCUGUGCCUGGGGCAGCCUGGCCUUGGGCGUUCGCUUUGCUUGCAGACAAGGCCACUUGCAGGCGUGCAGAGUGCAGUGGCUGCAUGACUUCGCCAGCCUACACAGGUCAGCGGCACAUGCUCUGGCGAUAGAUCUGAAGAGGCUCGCAGACCAGAAUCAGAUGGAACGCAAGGAGGCGGCCUUCCAGCUUCAGUUGGCCCACACCAAGCUAGCCCAGUUGCAGAGAGAGCGAGACCUGCUGAGACUGAAGCUACUACAUGCAGUAAGACUACCUCCUAUCCCUGUCUCAGCCCCACCCUCUUCCGCUCCUAUAUGCAUAUUUGUUUCAACUCUGCUCACUUCUCUCCAGGAGCUGAGGGCCUCCGCAUUUGCACAGACGUCAGUCAUGACUAAUGCACCUGCUGCUGCCGCUGCUGCCCCUACUACCGCUACUGCUGCCGCUGCCCCUACUACCGCUGCUGCUGCCCCUGCUACCGCUACCCAAUGGGGAGAGACAGAGGCACAAAAUGCAGGGGAGAGAAAAGAGGUGACAGCCAGAGAUACAGCAGAGUGUGGACCAAAAAAGGAGAUGGAUGGUGCUAUAGCCAUAGCUGCCCCUAAGGCAUCCACAGUAGAGCUAGAAGGAAGCACCCUGGAGCAUCUUGGAGUGGUGGAGCAGGAAAAUUAUUCCUUGGGCUUAAAGGGUCAGGCAGAGCAGGAAGAACAUGUGGAAAGUCCCACAUGUUCUGUCUCAGAGCCACUGGGUCCUAGGUCCAUAACCUCCCCACCAUCUGUUACUGUCCAACUCCCUGCCUCAUUUACAUACCCAUAUGAGAGUCCCUUCCCAGUCACACCCACCCCAUCCCCACCGCCAAGCAUACUCACAGAACCUCAGAUGCCUCCCUACUUCAUGGCCACUGAUAUGAAUAUGUCUGAACCUGAGGGCCCAACAGUUUAUCUCCAAGAUGCCCCAAAAGAUUGCAGUGAUUUUAGACUCCAGCAGCAGAGACUAGCAGCAUUACACAGGCAUGGGAAUUGGGGUUGCCACUGGUGUAAAUUUGUGAAUUUUUCAUGGCAGAAAACUUGCUUCCACUGUGGGAGGCAAGGCUGGCUGCCAAGCCCUCAGUGGAAGGAGGAGGAGGGACUGCACCUGGACCAGACUGGGUCACAACUGACCAUCUCUCAGAGACUAUGA